CCUAAGGGCAAAGUUCAACGUAAAUUACGUCAAUGGUGGAAGAGUUUUCGCGAACAUAUCCUCGUGCAAGAAUGGACACCGUGAGACGAGGGUGUCCAAGAGCUUCUGUGGUGUAUCUUCUCCGAGUACACCUGUCUCCCAAAGUACUUCUUCCUGCUGUUCAGUGAUGACAUCCGGAUGUCGUUUUUCAACUCCCUUUCGGAGCUAAUAAUUUCAUCUUUGCACAAAGAACGGAUCGCAUACCGGUGUGACAAGAUAUCGUAUCCACAGAAUACGCUGAAUCGCACAAAGGAAUCACAGUCACACACUACUGGUGGGUCUUGGUGGGAAAAGCUAGGCCAUGUCCAUCAACUAUAUCUUGGGUGGUUUUGCCACAUUUGCAAAGCUUCGGUCCAGCAGUGACGAUGACUGGGUAGACCGACUAAAUCACCUGUACACUGUCAUCAUCCUGACGGUAUUUGCUGUGUUUGUGGGUUAUGGUCAAUUCCUUGGCAAUCCUAUUGAAUGUUUCUGUCCACCCGACUUUUCUGCAGCACGGGUUGCCUAUGUCAAGUCACUCUGCUGGGUUAAAAACACAUACUAUGUUCACGUGGAUGAUGCGAUCCCUUCUCAAGAGGAACACCGGAAGUCGACCGAAAUUCCGUACUAUCAAUGGGUUCCCAUAAUCCUUCUAUUCAUGGCAUUCCUUUUCAAGCUUCCGUCUGUAUUCUGGCGAUUGUUCAAUGGCGCGACUGGGUUGAGCCUUGACAAGUUGGUUACUAUGGCGGUUGAUACUCAACUGUGUCCGGCCGAGAAGUCAGAAGAAACGAUUAGGCAUAUGGCACAGUAUAUCAACCGAUGGCUUCAGGCUCACCGAGACUAUCACUGGAAUAUAUGCGUGCGCAUACGUCACCGGAUGUCUAGGAUGUGUUGCUGUAUGUGCGGCAAGCGAGAUGGGGUGUAUCUGACGCGACUCUACAUCUUCAUUAAGCUUCUUUACAUUAUCGUGGUCCUCAGUCAGCUCUACCUCUUGAAUGCCUUCCUUGGACAAUGGUACAGUCUGUAUGGUUUCGAGGUUAUCAAUUCGCUCAUGUCAGACAACAGCGACCUUAUGUUGAAGAAUCCCCGUUUCCCAUUCGAAACGUUGUGCGACUUUAAGGUUCGCCAGUUUACAAACAUCCAACCAUUUACACUUCACUGCAACCUGCCCUACAACAUUCUAAACGAAAGAAUCUUUGCCUUCCUGUGGUUCUGGUACGUGUGCGUGGCAACCAUCACCAUUGCAAACUUCCUGUUUUGGUUUGUCAGGAACAACGUGCGCGUGAAGCAAUUUGGUUAUGUCAAGAAGUAUCUCAAGGUCAUGGACGAGCUUCAUGGAGACGACGACCGGAAGUUGGCCCGGAAGUUCGCAGAGCAGUAUCUCCGCAGUGACGGCAUCUUCGUCCUCCGAGUGGUCGGCAAGAACACGAAUGAGAUUGUCCUGGGAGACAUCAUUCAGAGUCUAUGGCGGCUGUAUAAGAUCAACCCCAUGAUGGAAAAGUCAACUCGUCAGGCAGAGAGAGGAGAAUAUAUGACGUCUUGAACUACAGGUCAUUGAAAUGUCGAGUGUAGGUUGAUGAAAAAAAGGAUUAUCAAUCUGUUUAUCUCACAUUCAUUUAGUUCGUUAGUUCAUAAAGCAUUAAAGCUUCUCUUUUUUUUUUCUAAUCUAGGGUACAAAGGUACAUUGAAGAUUAAUAUGUCAUGUGAUAUGAUUCUUCAUAUUAUAGAGUACACAUACAGUAUGUAACUACCCCCUCAGAUCUAUACACUCA